AUGGCGAUGGCAUGGCAUUCUUCCUCGGGCAUUAUCCUCCGACGAAUUCGAAGAUUAUUGACUCUAGUCUCGCUUUCCUUUAGCUUCAACUUUUCCCAGCCCGGUGGCUACGACGCCCAAAACUUCAGCUUCCAAGGCGACGCAUACUACGACUCCCAGUCUCAGACGAUCGAGCUGACGAAAGCCGGCGGGAGUCCAAACAUCCAGAACAGCGUAGGCCGGGCGUUGUAUGCGCAGCCCGUGCCGCUGUGGGAUGCCAUCACCGGAGAGCUGGCCCGGUUCACCACCUCCUUCACCUUCGAAAUCAAGGUAAACAGUGAACUCAGUGGCGAUGGCAUGACUUUCUUCCUUGGCCAUUACCCUCCGACGAGCAUUCCCGAUCCCCUCGACAAUGGCCGGAACCUCGGCCUCUUCAACAAAAGCGUCGGCACGGUGGCGACCGGCGACAACCGAGUCGUGGCGGUUGAGUUCGACACGUUCUUGAACGUUGAGUCCGACAACAGCGACAGCCACAUGGGCAUCGACGUCAACUCCAUCAUCUCCCGGGCGUACACCAACGUGGCCGUGCCUGGAAAGAACCUCACAUCGAACCUCCCAAUGACUUGCCACAUCAGCUACAUCAACACAAGUGUUGACCUGAGGCAGAUGCUGCCUAGUGUGGUGGCCAUUGGCUUCUCGGGUGCUACUGGCGUGGCUGUCGAGCAACACCAAAUAAUGUCCUGGUCAUUCAACUCCACCUUGGAUCCGUCGCCUCCACGGAGGAACCCCAAGAUUCCGUGGAAACUACUAGUAGAGGCAACCGGACCAGUUACCAUUUUUUUGGCGAUUGUGUGCAUCUUUGUCGGCGUCCGACGACGGCAACUAUGCACGAGAAAGAAGCAUUACAGAGCUCUCGCCAGAGGCCUUGAACAUUUUGAUUAUCAUAAGCUAGCACAUGCAACCAACAAAUUCUCACAGGAGAACAAGCUUGGGCAAGGAGGUUCCGCCUCUGUUUAUCAGGGCCAACUGACAAAUAGACAUGUGGCCAUAAAGAGAUUCAGGCCAGUAGCAUCCGGCGAAGGGAGGAAGGCGUUCGAGGACGAACUCAGGAUUGCCAGCGGCCUGAGGCACAAGCACCUAGUCGAAUUGAUAGGCUGGUGCUACGAUCGCAAGAGGAACCCGAUUGAGUUCAUAUGCUGGUGGUGGGACGACAAGUACACACGUCUCUUUCUUGUGUAUGAGCUUUUGCCACAAGGUAGCCUCGAUCAACACCUACACAGGGGCAAAAGUUGGUUACCAUGGUCCAAGAGGUAUGAGAUCAUCCUCGACCUAGGCUCUGCACUGCAAUACCUCCACGUAGAUUGUGAGCAAGGCCAACAAUGUAUCGUGCACGGUGAUAUCAAGUCUAGCAAUGUGCUCCUUGGGUCUUCAUACGGUGCGAAGUUGGGUGACUUCGGCUUGGCAAGGUUUGUUCACCAUGAAACUGGUUCACAGACCACAGAUGUUCUGCAAGGCACUUAUGGAUAUAUAGACCCUGUGUUCCUUGACACCUGCCAACGGAACAGGCAGUCAGACAUAUACAGUUUUGGCAUUGUCCUACUAGAGAUGGUCUCUGGAAGGGAUCCAACAAUGUGUCUCCAUGAUAGGCCUCCAUUGUCAUCAUGGGUAAGGAGUUCGUACCAUAGGAAUGACAUCCUGGACGCCGCAGAUGAGAGGCUGAUAAGCGGCGAGUCCAAUGUCGCGCGUCAACAGAUGGAGCACAUGUUACUCAUCGGGCUCUUGUGCGUGCAUCAGGACCCGAGCAUACGGCCGUCCAUCACCCACACCAUGGAAGCCCUGCGAUCGGAGGAGCUGACAUUGGACAUUGUUCCCCUAGCACCGGUGACACUCUCGCUGCCAUAG